GGCACCUUCUAACAGGGCGCCUUCAAGGUUCCUCCGUCUGGAUUUGUUUUGUUGUGCGUGUUUAACAACAAGGCGAGCCUAUAAACAGACAGGAGACGAGACGUGUCGCAUCGAAUACUUCGCUCUGCCGGCGGUGUCUCGACAGCACGCUUCAUUCCAUUUCGGAAUAUCUGACACUCCACGGUGACUUUGCCUCCCGCCGUCAAGCAGGAAGUUUAUUUAUUACCAGACGAUAACUUGAGGCUCUGGAGAGCGACCAGGCCGAGGCAAAGCCCCCGUGAACGCCGGCCAAUGAAAGCCCGCAAAAGUUCUGCACGCAGUUGGAAAACCGCCCAGAAUUUUUUUCCCCUGAAAUUGCACUUCCGCUAACGUUCUUUUUUUUUUAAUACUCAAUAUGAGCAUGAAUGACUUUGACGUGCGUCGCUACUUUUUGAGUAGUAACUUUGUCAAAUAAAAAGCAGACGAAGUGACCGGGAGACAACCUUUAAGGAAUUGCAGCGGCGGGGAGAUGGCAACCAACGCGGACGAUGACGACGUACCCCUCAUAUUGACCCUCGAUGACGUCAGCAGCGGGGACCACAGACCUGCAAAUGGUGGGAACUAUGACAUCACUAACAGUACUCUUCCAAUGCCGAAUGCAGGGGCCCAGAACAUGCAGACACAGUAUGACAUACUUCGUCAGAGCUGGGAGAUGAAUUACCAGGAGGCUGCUAUAUACUUGCAGGAAGGAGAGAACAAUGAUAAGUUCUUCACCCAUCCAAAGAAUCCCAAAGCUCUGGCAGCUUACCUCUUUGCUCAUAAUCAUAUAUUUUACAUGAUGGAGCUCACAACGGGGUUGCUUCUCAUGGUGCUGUCUCUGUGUGAGGCACCUGCUGUGCCUACCCUGCGCCUUGAUGUUUAUAUUCACGCCACACUGGAGCUGUUUGCUCUGGUGAUGGUAGCUUUUGAGCUAUGCAUGAAGCUGAGAUGGCUAGGCUUCCAAACUUUUAUUAGACAUAAGAGGACAAUGGUCAAGACUUGUGUCCUGCUGUUGCAGUUUGUGGAAGCAGUCGUGGUGCUGGUGAGGCAGACCUCCCACAUGCGAGUGACCAGAGCUCUCCGGCCAAUUUUUCUGGUGGACUGCAGAUACUGUGGAGCUGUCCGCAGAAACCUACGCCAGAUUUUCCAGUCCCUUCCUCCUUUCAUUGACAUUCUGCUGCUCUUACUAUUUUUCAUGGUUAUAUUCUCCAUUUUAGGCUUUUAUCUGUUCUCUCAGAAUCCUUUGGACCCAUAUUUCAAUGGUCUGGAAAACAGCAUUGUUAGUUUGUUUGUCCUGUUGACCACCGCCAACUUUCCAGAUGUCAUGAUGCCAGCCUAUUCAAGAAGCCCUUGGUCUUGUGUAUUCUUCAUUGUGUACCUCUCCAUUGAGCUGUAUUUCAUUAUGAACUUGCUUCUCGCUGUAGUUUUUGACACCUUUAAUGAUGUGGAGAAGAUGAAAUUUAAGUCCUUGCUGUUACACAAGCGAUCAGCAGUUGAACAUGCCUUUCACCUUCUUGUUAGCAAACAGAGGCCCAAUGGGGUUUGCUUCAAGCAGUUUGAUGGGCUGAUGAGGUAUUAUCAGCCACGAAUGAGUGCCAGAGACCGUUACCUUACCUUUAAGGCAUUAAACCAGUCCGGGUCUCAAGUCCUAAGCUUAAAAGAUUUUUAUAACUUCUAUGAAGUCAUUGGCUUGAAAUGGAAGGCACGAAGAAGUGGUGAGCACUGGUUUGAUGAUCUUCCACAUACCACCUUUCUCAUUUUUAAAGGGAUUAACAUUCUGGUGAAGUCUAAAGCCUUCCAGUAUGCAAUGUAUAUUGUUGUUGCUGUUAAUGGGGUCUGGAUCCUGGUGGAAACAUUUAUGUUACAAGAUGGUAGCUUCUUUUCGAAGAAUGUGCCCUGGAGUUAUAUUGUAUUCCUGACUAUUUAUGGUGUUGAGUUAUUACUGAAAAUUACUGGUUUGGGUCCCUUGGAAUAUUUCAGUUCUGGAUGGAAUCUGUUUGAUUUUUUUGUCACUCUAUUUGCUUUCUUGGGUCUGAUCGUUCUGGCUUUUGACAUGGAGCCAUUUUACUUCAUUGUGGUUCUUCGACCUCUUCAACUGCUGAGGCUGUUUAAAAUAAAACAGAGAUAUCGGAAUGUUCUUGACACCAUGUUUGAACUGCUUCCUAGAAUGGCCAGCUUGGGCCUGACUCUCAUCAUUUUCUACUAUUCCUUUGCAAUUGUGGGCAUGGAGUUCUUUGCAGGUGUUGUGUAUCCAAACUGUUGCAACACCAGUACAGUUGCUGACUCCUACCGUUUGGUUAACUACACCAUUGGGAAUCGUACUGUCAUUGAAGAAGGAUACUACUAUCUCAACAACUUCAACAACAUUCUUAGCAGUUUUGUGACACUGUUUGAGCUUACAGUGGUUAACAAUUGGUACAUCACUAUGGAAGGUGUGACGUCUCAGACUUCUCACUGGAGCCGCCUCUAUUUUAUGACCUUCUACAUUGUCACCAUGGUGGUGAUGACAAUCAUCGUUGCUUUCAUUUUAGAUGCUUUUGUGUUCCGGAUGAAUUAUAGUCGAAAGAACAGGGAUCCUGAAGAUGAGAACGGCAUUGUAUUUGACGUAGAAUUGAACAAGGAGGAGACUGAUUCUACAUUGGAGCUCUACAAGGCAAUCUGUACACCCACAUCAAAUCUGUCAUCUUUGCAGAGGGUGCUGAGUGCUAUGGAGAAGAAUGGGAAUCCCUCUUUGGUUUUCCUGGGAAGAAGAUCUAGAACAAAAAGUGACCUGAGCAUGAGAAUGUAUGAAGAAGAGAUGCAGGAGUGGUUUGCACAAUUUGCACUUGAGAGUGGGAUCCAUGGGGAAGACAGAUCAUUGCACAACCUUCAGGCCUCUGCUAGCCAGACUCCUACUGCUGAUGUGCGGCAGCGGUCUUUGACUGUCAACUAAACUUCCCGGCAUGUGGCUGGCUGAACACAAGCAGCACAACCUUGGCGGCGGACACUUUUUUUUCCCUCCCCCUAAUUCCUCAGGUUUAGCAGCUCACAUUCAAAAAGCAAACUGUUGGUUGCAUUUUGUCUAUGCAGAAACGCUGACUGAAGAGGAAUGUGAGAGCAGUAUUGAUGCAGAAGCGAUGGCAGUUGAAUUCUUCCUUCCAUCUCUUGUUCUGCAGUCCAUGACCAAAUAGUUGCGUGCUCACUGGAUACACCAAGUCAGCUGUCUUAUCAUUAUAACCCAUGUGCACGUACAUAGCAUCUACAUUAAGUGGUAUUAUUUAUACUAAACUGAAAAUAGUGCUUUAUUACAAUUUUCCUUUGUUUUAACCAGGGGUUUUAAGUUGAUUUUUAUCUCAUGCUUAGUGUAAGGUUUAGUUGCAGCUGUGUUAAGGAAAUGGCAGUAAAGCAGCAGUGUAUGUAAUAUACCGGUCCUGCUGCUCCACUGCAGAGGUUUCAGUGUUAAGACUGUAGCAGCAUCUACAGAUGUCAUGAAUGUUGUAUGCUAAUACACUACACUACACUACAGGAGAUGGUCUUACGCUCGUUUCACAUUAAGAAACUAGCCAUAACCUUUUGGAUUACUUAUUAAGGUGGUUAUAUUCAGGUGUAAUUUUUGGACAAGCAGCCUAAGCAAAGUCUGCCUAUAUGACUCAAACACCAUCAAAUUUAAAUGUUUUUGACAUAGCUGGUGUUGAUACCCGGCACUUCAUUGGUCAGCCUGUAGAAUCUUGGAUACAUGGUGUGGUAGUUGACAUGAGAAGAACUGUGUUUUAGACCUAAGGCUACCUAAGACAAGGUAAGUUGAGAAAGGGAAUUUGGAAAUUGAUGCUGACCAACAUGAAUUAUCCUAGAUUGUGGUUGUCAAACUAGUUAUUUGUAUUUCAUGGUAAGAAACAGCAUAAGGUGCUACUCAGAAAAUGUAAUCAUCAUAAUUCCCAUCAUCCAUCUUAAUAUUUGCACUUAUAGUUAACCUGGGGUGAUCUGCGCUGUUUAAGGAACUAUAUUCAAUAAUAAAUGAUUUAUAUACUGGAGGAGAAGCGCAGUUUUGGCCAAUUUUAAACCACUAAGUUUCAGCUAGGUUAUCUCAUGAAAUGUUUACAGUGGCCGUAAAAAAGUAUUACUCCCCUUGUGCUAAUCCAAUGUAUAAACGAGUUUUAUUUUUCUUUCUCUUUGAUCAAUACCAAAUGUCUAAACUGAAAACAAACCUUUAUAGAUCCUACUGAAGUAAAUCUAAAUAAAAAGAAAGCAAGAAUGA